UCACUUGGCUUCCAAGCCAAGAGAGAUUGAUAGUUACUUGUCUUGCAUGCAAAGCUAUGGAGGUUUUGAGGUUUGCCAAUGGUUUCUACUAUCAAAACAAAUUGGUUUCCUUGGAUUGGAGGCGUCUUCUGAUCAUUUCUAUAUGAAAAAAACCUCCAUCUCUUUAAAGUAGAACCCACUUGAUCAUCUCAGCUUUACAAUUUUGGAUGAAGAAAAGUAAUUGGUAGAGGUCCAUAGUCUGAAAUAGAGAAGGAAAAGGUAUGGCAUCUCUUACACCAGGAGUACUGCUUAAGCUUCUUCGGAGUAUAAACUCGAAUGUAAGGGUUCGAGGAGAAUAUCGGUCUGUUCUCCUGCAAGUUAUCAGCAUUGUGCCAGCCCUGUCAGGCUCAGAACUAUGGCCUAAUCAAGGCUUCUUCAUCAAAGUAUCCGAUUCCUCACAUUCUACCUAUGUCUCAUUGUCGAAGGAAGACAAUGAGCUAAUUUUGAAUAACAAGUUACAACUUGGGCAGUUUUUCUAUGUUGAUAGAGUGGAAGCUGGGACCCCAGUUCCGACUUUAAGUGGUGUUAGACCAGUGGCAGGGAGAAAUCCUUUCAUUGGGAAUCCGAAAGAUCUGAUGCAAAUGUUGGUUCCAUCUGAGGGUCCAGUGCCAGUUAAUGAUGGAGUUAAUAGUUCAAAACCGAGGGAGUUGUCAGAAGUGAAAGGGGAGAAUGCAAGGCAGAAAAUUGUUAUCAAAGAGGAAAAGGCUGGAGUUGCAUCUAGGUAUAUGCAGGGUGUUUUGACAGGAAGUCUUAAAGUUGGUGAAGUGGAUUCAAGUGGAAUUGGGAAGAGCAAUGAGAGUGAUAAUAGUGGACCAGGUAAAAAGGUUGGAUUAAUGAAUGGCAAGCAGCAAGAAAAUAAAGGUCAGGCACGCCCAGCCACUCCUUACCAAAAUCAACCUGAUGCGCUUUCAUCAAAGCCAGAGGUCGCCGUAUCCAGCAACAAAGAAUUUCCAGCGUCUUCCAAGAGAACUUCUACAAAACGGUUAUCAAAUAAACAAAACGACACAAACUUCAAUUCUUUGUCAAGUAAUAACAAUAAAAUCCCUUUUCCUGAAGCAACAGCAUGGAUCUCUUUGCCUUCAAACCUCAUGAAGCCUGGAAAGGGAAUGCUUCGAAGGAGAUAUUUAGCUUCCUUGGUUGCAGCUGAGGCUCAAAAGGAGGCAUCCACUGCUGCAUCUCUUAUCAAGUGCCUCAAUAUGUUUGCUGAGCUCUGCGCCUCUGCCUCACCAGAGAACCCCCACCUCACUCUCACGAAGUUCUUUACCCUCCAACAACUCAUCGACCAACCAAAUGUAACAGCCCCAUUGAAGGAUAAAUCGCUUCAGUCAUUUACUCUCUUUUCUUCUCCAGAGACCCAAAAAACAAGCAAAAAGACAAGUCCAAGUAAGGCCAAAGCUACAUUGAAGUCUCCAAAGCCUUCUAUGGAGUUAAGUGCAACUGAGAAGCAGGAGUGGGCUAAAGGAGACGGUAAAAAGGAGAUCAAAGAACUCCAACAGACUCUCUUGAAUGAAACAAGGGUUUGGUUUUUGAGAUUCUUGGAGGGAGCAUUGGAUGCUGGGUUUCAUGUUGCUGCCCAGGAGAAGAAAGGUAAGGACUUCGCCACACAACGAAUGGAACCGGAGAACAACCAUAUUGCUGUUGCAUUGUCACAGCUUAAGCAUGCUAAUGAGUGGUUAGAUAUACUAAGAAGCAAAUUGAGCUCUGAGGACAAUAAUGAAUUAGUGGAGACUGUUGAUCGGUUGAAGCAAAAGAUUUAUGCUUGUCUGCUUGCUCAUGUGGAUUCAGCUGCAUCAGCUCUAGAGAAUCGAUCUAAUCGUGGUUGAUUCAGAAAAAAAAGGGGGGGUUGUUGGAUUUAGAAUUUUACUUCUCCUCUCUUGUAAACAAAUAACUUAUAUAACUAGGUAAUGUUGAUCAUCAAGCAAAGAUCAUUUGUGCCAACCAUGUUAUGUGAAUUUGACCUGAUGUAUUUAUUAUGCAAGUUAUAUAUGAUGUAAUAAUCUUUAUACAUAAUAAGACCGAUGAAGGUACACUUUGAUAU